CUUCACACUGUGAGCCAGAGAGAGUGGAAGCUUCCUCUACAACGACUUGCCGACAAACUCCUUGGACACACACUUUCUCUCACGCACACUCACAUACUCCCGGGUCAGCAUGGAGGAGGCCGACCUGUUGAAGGAGAGACUACAGGCCAUAACGGACAAAAGACGGGCUCAAGAGGAAAUCUCAAAGAAAAAAAGACAAAUUGACGAGGAGAAACUCAAACUUCAAUAUCUGAAGAAAAAGUCCCUGCGUGAACAAUGGCUGAUGGAUGGUCUGAGCGUCCAGAGCGAGGAGGAGCAAGAGGCCAUGAAGUCACAAGCUCAGGACGACCAGCAGCAAACCAAACUCCUGCAGAGCAAUAUCAGCAGAAUAGAGGAAGAAAUUACGGCCCUAGAAGACGAGGAGUUAAGGAUCUCUUCCAAUGAAACACUCAUUCUAAAACGGCUCAAGGAGGUUGAGAAGACCCCAGAGGACAUCAUCAAGGGAGCUACGACUGAGAUGACAGACGUGGAUGGAAAAGAACUGAGUGAAGGUAGCAGUCCCUCUCAGAAUCAGAAUCAAGCCGAGUCCCUCUCCAAGGCCGUAACCAUGGAGACCAGUGAACAAUUAGAAACAGGAUAUAUCGCCGACUAUGAACAGGAAACUCAGAAGACCGAGUCACCUGAGAAUGAGAGCUCAAACAACGGGAAUGAACAAGACUGCUAUGAUGAAUUCUUGGAGUCCAUGGGAAGUAAGGUGGUGGUGGAUAUUUUGGCAGACUUGCCUCCUAGUGUGACUGACACAUCAGAAUUGGGCGACAUCCCUUGCCCAAAGGAGGCUUUGAUCUUAGAGGCCACACCUGACGAGCUAAAUCGCAACGAGUCUAUCACCUCCUCUCUGUCUGACACACCCUCAAGCAUAGAGAGUGUGUGUGAGAACGAGUCAGCCUCAGGAAGACAGGACCCACUCGUGGAAGACCAGUCAGAAGAUGCCUUGCCAGAUGCUUUGGACACCGAGGAACCUGAAGACACUGAAGAUCCCAUGGAGGCCUUAAACCCGAUGCCAACAGAUGAUGCUUUAGACAAUCUUGCCUGUGACGAAGUGGAGGAGUCAAUCCUCGAACAGUACAUCCGAGAAGAGGCCUUGUCAGAGGUGUCUACAGAGUCCUGCCAUGACCCAGAAGAAUUAGACGAGUGUCUGCGUGUGGAGAUAGAAGUUGGAUCUUCUGAUAGUGAGGGUGAUGACAAAUGGAGGACCAUUUUUUCUUCCUCCAUCAAUAAAGAGGAUGAUGACUCGUAUUUGGACAAUCUGCAAUUGAGUGCACAGGAGCUCUUCGUCCAAAAGUCUUCAAUUGACAAUGAGGAAGACGACCCAAAAGAUGAUAACCAGGAAAGUGAAAAUUCUGAGAUCCCACCCAAGGAUGAGAUUCUAGAGCAGCCUGAGACUGACUCCGAUUCCGAGAAGAAGGAGAUGACCUAUACAACUCCAACGCUGUUCCAUGGACUGUCAAAGAUCUCUGAAGAUGAUGAAGAGAAUGGAAAGGGGUCCAACAGCAAACACGCCUCCUCACAUCCGGAGGGUAACAAGAAGGUGCCAAAAGACUACUGUGUGAUCCAGGAGAUGAAGAGCGAGAAUGUUAGCACAGAGCAUGUGGACUUCCGGGGAGCCCGCAAACAAUGGCUAGAAAUGGAGGAACAAACUAAAAUGACCAAGACCACAGUCCAGUCACCCACCACCCCCAAACCAGGCCAAUGCCAAGGUAGCCACAGUUUCAUGUACACACCAGUUCGAAACAUCGACAGGCCCAAGAGGGAUCCUGAUUUUGAGAAUCUGGCUCUUGGUGGAGACUAUCCACACACUCAGUUCAGCCCCUGUUCUGAAGACUCUGGCCUAGACGACUUGAGCUACAGAUCCCCUUAUGAUGACCCAGAGACCCCUGUUGAGAGAGAGAUCCGCCUCACCAUGGAAAGAGAGGAGAACUUCAGACGUGAGAGAGCCUUGUCCGCAUCCAGCUCAUGCGAUUUUGUGCAAGUAAACGCCCGACCAGUCGUCAUUCACCCCACCAAACUCUGCCAGGAGGUGGACGAAAAGAGGAAGAUGUUUGAGCAUCAGGACGAUGGUUGCAGCAUUCCGAGGUCACUUAGCAACCCAACGCCAUCGUUUAUAAUCACUUCAUCGCCAGUCAAGGGUGCACAGAAGCGCGGGAUCGCUGCUAACAAUGUCAUCAUCCUGGAGCCUGAUCCAUUCCCUUCCAGCCCAAGGCGUUUUGGGAAUGAAUUGGGGGCCGCCCGUCCAGGCAACUGGAAUUCCAACGAGUCCUCAAAUGUGAUUAUCUUGGAGACGUCCAACCUGAUCAUCCGUAGCGCAUCCGAGUUCUGCCUCAACUCAGCUACCGAGGAAAAGCAGGAGAGCACCUUCCUUAACAACCCCUUUUUCAAGCUGCGCUCCAGAAGCACACAGUCCCUUGUUGAUGAGGAGAUCAAGAUGGUCAGGCAGCGUGAGGAUGAACUGAGGAGACAGCGGGCAAACAUGUACACAAAGGAAAAAUUCAACACAAUUGUGGUCUCCCCACAUCUCCUAAAUAGUGCAUCAUUUGAAAAGUCAGAGGACAUGCCUAUAAAAUGCAAGUCCUCCCCAUCUUCUCCAAUGAAGACAGCAUACAAGAUGGAUCGCUCAAUAGUAUCCUGUGACAACAGGUUUCCAGAGAUUUACUUGGGUGGUCGCCGUAAAAGUGCCAUGGCUGUUCGCUGGGAAGCCGGAGAGUUUGCAAGCAACCAAUAAAAGCAGAACACCUGAUCAACAGAAUGGAUAUCGACUGACAACCCCCUGGUCUGGCUUACGUAACAGACUUUUUUGCAGUGCGUCAUGAGAAAAUUAAUCACAUUUGUUUUCUGUGACAUAACACUGGCUGCUGUCAGCUGCUUAUGUGAAUUUUUCGAUUCUCUGUCUGUGUCCAUCAGAGGCUAAGAGGGGAAAAAAAUAUUGUGUAUGUAUGUACGCCAAGAUGCCUGAAUGUUAUUUGAAUGUAUUGUUUUAGUCAACAACUGCUUAUACACUAUUUUCAAGCCCAGAAAAGCAGAAUGCUUAUUUUUAUUGUACUGUCUUGGUAGAAAGAGUUAUAUGUACUGUAUUUUCCUAAUGUAUUUUCAUCAGAGACCAGAUUUGUAAUUUUCCAGGCACAAAGAUAAGAAGCCAAUGCUGUAUUAUUAUCAAUAUAAUUUGGGACCUUAUGCACACUACUUUACACGAAUCUCCUAUCGAGAGCUACUCGUGUUUUUAAAAAGGGGCAUUGACUUUUAUUUGAGUGUAGAUUUCAAGCAUACGAUUUAAAAACUAUGUUGUGUAUCUACUGAUGACGCAGCUGUAAAGUUAAUAUAAUUCUCUAAAUACACAUCUGAAGUACAGUCAAAUAUAAGAAGGAAAAUAAUCAAAAACCAAACUAAAGAAAAAGAAACUAAAUUAUAAAGAGCAGCUAAUGGAAUUUCUAACGGAAAGUCUAUUAACCAUGACUUUUAAUUUAUUGUCUAAAAUAUAUACAUAUAUGUUCGUAUGCUUACAUGUGAAGCCAUUAUGCUUAGGACAUUAUCUGUUCUGCUUGCUAAUCUUUGAAUUUGUGUGAGCCAAUCACUUGUUGCAAAAAAUUGAAUUGCCUUCAAUAUGAAAAAAAAGAAAAAAAAACAUUGUUUGUAUUUUCAAUGCCAGUGUUCCAAAACCAAUAAUGCAACAAUAAAUAUGUAUGAACUAAAA